AUGAAUAAUCAGGAGAAACGUCCACUUGGUCCAUCACAUUGGGAGCUUUACAAGAUGUUGGAAGUUAAUAAUUUCAUAUCGAUGUAUACCAAGAAAGCUGAAGUAGAGAAAACGAAUAUUGCAAAAUCCGGUAGCAAGGGCGCUUUAGACCGCGAGAAUAAUGCAUGGACUGUGGUUAAAGACUUGUUCCUCUUCGCCGCGACUACAAGCUUCAACACUAUUAUAUUUAUUUUUAUAGCUAGAAAAUGGCCGACUGUUAUGAAACAGAUCACGUAUUGCAAACUGGAUGAAUAUAUUGACCAACGCGUUAUAUUCCGAAGCACUGUAAUCACCAUUGCUAUAGUAAUCGUGGGUCCAAUUGAAUGCGCCUUAAACCAAUUAGCAUUAUAUACACAUAUUUUGGAUUGCACUCCUCGUGAGAUGAUCGAUGACCCUUUCAGAAUGUUGAUGAUGAAGAAAGAUAACUGGAUCUUUGAUGCUGAACAUGUGCCCUAUUCGUUUCCAUUAGGGAUAAUCAUACAGGUCUUUAAUUUAAUUAUGUCAUUAAACUGGAGCUAUCCUGAUAUUUUCAUAAGUUGCAUCUGUUUGUAUUUGGUAUCGAUUUUUGACAAAAUAAAUGAGAAGAUAGAUUUUGCUCUAGAUAAGUCCUUGGAGUCGUGGUUCUGGCGGUCCGUGCGAGAGGAUUAUACACAAGCCACGCGAUUGGUGCGCAUGUUCGAUGAGGUUCUCAGCGGCAUCACGUUCGUGUCUUUAGCGAACCAUCUCUUUUGCAUAUGUCUACAGGUUUACAACAUUUUACAAAUUAGCGUCAAGGGUGGCACAAAACAAAAAUUUCCUCUUAAAGGCUGUCCAAAUUAUCCGAGUGGCAUCUUCAAUGGGAACGAGUACACUUUAUAUUUAGCGUGUUCAAUUUUCUUGCUUGUGUUUCGCUUUCUGUCUGUAUGUCUGAUUGGUUCGAGGGUUCAUUCGGCUGCAACCCAGCCGUCCAUUGCUCUGCAUGGAGUACCCACGAAAUUCUAUUGCACUGAAAUACAAAGAUUUAUAGAACAAAUACAUUCAGAUGACAUAGCGCUAAGUGGACUUCAAUUUUUCAAUAUCACUCGAAGUCUCAUCUUGCCUGUUGCUGGCACUAUUAUUACAUACGAGCUAGUUUUGCUUCAAUUUAAUGACGAAUAA